AUGACGGGGGGGAACAAACAAAAGAGAUAUGCUCUGAUUGGUACAGGGGGUCGUUCGUCCUUCUUCUACACAGCGAUAGCCACGACCUACAAAGAGACCUCUGUUGUUGUAGCGCUAUGCGACACCAACCAGACACGACUGGACUUUGCGAACUCACAGUUGGAAUCUCUCGGCCAUGCCAAGGUUCCCACUUUCAAAGCGUCGGAUUUCGACCGAAUGAUUCGAGACACGAAACCAGAUGAGGUCAUCGUAACAACCAUCGAUCGCACACACAACAUCUACAUUGUUCGCGCGCUGGAACUAGGGUGCAAUGUUGUAACGGAGAAACCCAUGACUAUUGACGCACCACGGUGUCGUGAGAUCUUCGAUGCUGUUGAGCGAACGGGCAAGAAAGUACGCGUUACGUUCAACUACCGCUACGCACCGCACAACACAAAGGUCUGGGAACUUCUUCGUUCUGGUGCAAUUGGAAGGGUGACGAGCAUACACUUCGAAUGGAUGCUCAACACGUCGCAUGGCGCAGACUACUUCCGCCGCUGGCACCGGGAUAAGCGUAAUAGCGGUGGGCUACUCGUCCACAAAUCAACCCAUCACUUCGACCUCGUCAAUUUCUGGUUAUCGUCGCGUCCGGAAACUGUGUACGCGCAGGGAAAUCUGAACUUCUACGGGCGAGAGAACGCUGAGAAGCGAGGCGUUCAAGACUUCUACACAAGAGCCCAUGGCAGUGAGGUGGCGAAGAAAGAUCCAUUCGCACUGCACAUGGACCAAAAUGAGAAGCUGAAGAAGAUGUACCUCGAUGCCGAGCACGAAGACGCAUACUAUCGCGAUCAAAGCGUCUUCGGCGACGGCAUAAGCAUAGAAGAUACAAUGAACCUCCUGGUAAAGUAUGAGAACGGUGCGGUACUCACCUACUCCCUGACUGCAUACGCACCAUGGGAAGGCUUCCGCGUGUCGUUCAACGGCACUGGGGGCCGUGUGGAAAUGGAAGUCGUCGAGAACAGCUACGUGAACAGCGGAGGUGACCAAUCGCUCGAGGGAUCACUCGAAAAGCGAUCGAUCACACUCAGAAAGCUGUUUGAGAAGCCUGAGGACAUAGAGAUCCCUGAUUCUGUUGGGGCGCAUGGCGGAGGCGACGAGGUCCUGCUAGCAGAUUUGUUUGGUGAGCAAGGUGCAGAGAUCGACCAGGAUAUGAGAGCUGCUAGUCACGUUGACGGUGCGCUUUCAAUUCUUACGGGUAUCUGUGGAAAUAAGUCAAUGGCUACUGGACAGGUUGUUAAAGUUAGCGACGUGUUCGUGGUGUAA